UACCAUUUCGCUCAAGGAGGACUGCAGCGUCCCGCCCUGCUAUGUGUCCCGGGGCCGGGCUCUGCUGCAGUAGAAGCCUGUGAGAUGGGGUAACGCGCACACCAGGAACACUGACUGCUUCGCUCCUCCCCUCAGCCCGUCAUCCUCCUCCGACCUACAGUGUAUUGUAAUCAUCCGCUCUGUGUGUGACUGUGCUGUGGGCUGCUGCUGGCAACGUGCUGCCUGUGUGUGGGUGACAUGGGGGAUAACACAGAGGAAAAUAUUAAAAUUCCCUUUGGGGUGAAAUACCUGGAUGCUGUGGUUUCUGUCCCCAUCACUUGGACUGGAGUUCUAUAUGGAGUUGUUCUGACGCAUGGCGCUGGGGGUGACAUGAACUUUUCCCACUUAGUGUCUUUGACCAAGUUCUUGGUGCCUCAUGGAUUGCUAUGCCUCAGAUUUACCUGCAAAGGUCUUAAUUUAGUAUACAGGACCAAAGCUUACAAAGCUGUAUUGACCUAUUUGAAGUCUUCUGAAGAAUAUAAACUUGGUGGUGUCUUUGUUGGAGGACGGUCUAUGGGCUCUCGUGCUGCCACUUCAGUAAUGAGAGCAGCUUGUGAAGAAGAGGACGGCUUCAUCCAAGGGCUGAUUUGCCUGUCAUAUCCACUACACCCUCCAAAUGCAAAAGGAAAGCUGCGAGAUGAAGAUCUUGUCCGCGUAACAAGGCCAUCAUUAUUCAUCUCUGGGUCAGCAGAUGAUAUGUGUGACAAGACCUUGAUGAUGAGUACUGUCAGCAAAAUGAAAGCUCCUGCAAAGAUCCAUUGGGUUGAAAAUGCAAAUCAUGGAAUGACAGCCAAAGGGAAAACAAUGUCUGAUGUUUUGACAGAAAUAAAUGAACAGACUUUGUUUUGGAUUCAAGAGAUAUUGAAGCUAUAAGUGAUCUGGGCACUAUUCAUGUUAUAAGAACAAAACACAAAUGGUAAAGUGUCAUGUACAGCCUAUAUUGGCUUUCUGGCGCAGGAAAAAGUAAUAACUGCCAUAGGAUUACAAAAGAUUGUGGCUGCUUUAGUUACUUAUGUUUAUUCUGUCUUCUAGUCAUAAAGUGUUUGUUCCUGGGAACACCGACCACUCCAAAAUUGUAGUAGAUUACAGUUAAAGCCCAUACACACUACAUAAGAAAGUAAAAGAUCUCGCUCAGAGGGGCCAAUCCGAGCGAGAUCUUUUACAAUCUCGUCCAGUGUGUACACUCGAUGUCGUUAACGAUACACGCUCCUGCACAUCGUUAACGACCCCCUCCCUCAUCUGAAAAUGUACAGACGAUGGAGGUCCUCAUUAACGACAGCCAUGUUAACACCCCCCCCCCUUCCCCCCGCCGCUGCUCCCUUCCCCAACGAUAUCGACAAUAGCAGCUUCGGCAGGGACUUGUUAAGUGUGUAUGGGCCUAUAGUAUGACCUACCCAAUCUGCUUGCAAAUAUUAUUUAAUAGAAAAUGAACAAGCUAGAGCAGCUGGCAUCCAAAUGCUCAAUAUUGAAGCACAAAUGCCUUCUGCUCCCAAACUUGCAAAGAAUGCUUCAUAUUAUAGGAAAAAACACAUUCCUUGUUCUGUAUCUUGUCACCUGCCAGUAUACUAGAAAUCACGAAUCCUGAGGUAUGCAUCAUUUAUAUUUAAUGUCUUUAUGAAUAUAUUCUGCAGAUACCAUUUCCUGUGUGCUACCUUAAUAGACAUGUAUUUGCUUUUGAUUGAGGAGCUUUUCUUCAGCUUCUUAAAGGCCAGAGAUCUACAAAAUUGCCUGCACUAAUGUAAAUACAUGUGCAAUAUGCUGCAACCCUAGUGUCAUCUUUUGUUAUUAUUGGAGGCUCCCUGUUGCUCAUCACAUAUCUGCAGAAGUGUUGUGUGUCAUUUCACAAAGCAAAUGACAGUCUUUGCCUUGAAUCUGUUCUUUGGACCCAACCUUACCGGUCUACACCCUGAGUGACUUACCACAGAGUCAUAAAAUUAUAUUGUACAGUUAAUAACUUAGGUGAGUUUGGAAGAACACAAUAAUGUACAGCUCUCUAGCAUUUUGUCUAUAUGUGGAAUUAUUACAAAGUUUCUUAUCUUCUGUUAUCUAAUGUAUGUCUUUGCAAAUUGUUUUAUGUCCACUGCAUUGCUUUUAUUUGUUCUACCAUAUCUAGCUAUUUGUAAAGCACCUGUACGUUCUCAAGUUGUUAUAUCUAAACAGACAUGCAAACGGUAUUCUUUAUAGGUUUAUUAUUUGCUUCAUUUUUUAUGUUUGAAAUAAAAUUAGUACAAUUAUUUGUUUAUAUUGCAAUAGUAUAGAUACAUAUUUUGGUUGGCAAUGACUAUAAAGAUGUUAACCACAAAA